AUGUCAUGGAAGCAUAUGGAUUUGUCAAAAUAUAUGAUAGCUGGUGCAACAUUCUGUGGACCAAUAGCAAUGAUUUGUGACGAUAAAAAAGUUUCAAUGUUGCAAAAGCAACAACCAGUUAAACCCACUAUUUAUAUUUAUACGUCAGCCGGCAAAUUAAUGGGACAACUAGAAUGGGACAAAGGCUGCAUUAUUAAAAUGGGUUGGACCGAUGCUGAACAAUUAGUUGUUGUCAUGGAAGAUGGUUAUAUUAGAUUGUAUGAUAUUCAUGGUGAUUUUACUCAAUUUUCUCUUGGCAAAGUGA